AUGAACCAUACCAAGUUCACACUUCGAAAAAAUACAAAAGGUCUAAUAUUUCACACACCAACAAUCAACUUGUCAACAACACAAGAACAGAUCACCGCACUCCCGAACUUUAAAUCACAACUCAAAGCAUACUACAAAAGAUUUUACAAGUUAAGGAAUUUCGAAUGUACUUCAUCACUUUAUAAAGUUGAAGGAUCACCUUAUCAUACACCAACGAUCACAUCAGAUGACUAUGUAACACUACUAAAAAGACAGUUCAAACACUCCAACUAUAAUUUAAAACGUGAAAAAAUUUUGCAUUUACCUCCCUUAUCGAAUGACGAAAUUGUCAGUAGAAUAUCAAACACACUAGCUUUUGUAUUCAAUCAUACAACCUCCACCAAAAAUCCACAAAUGGAAAAAUACAUACUUAGUGAGCAAGACGAGAUAGACGCAAGUAUAGAUACUACUGAAUCACGAGUUAUUAGUACUAUUUUGAGGAUGGAUUAUGAUUGUCCCCCCUUAAUCAAGUAUGAUUAUAAAUUCAAUUGGAUUGAUGAAAUCAAUUCGAUUUUGGCUGAAUAUGAGGAUAAUACCGCUGUUGAAAAGGGUGAUGGUCAAAAAGGUAAGAAAUUGAAAAAUCAAAAAUCUAUACCUUUGGAAUUAUUAACUUAUAAACAAUAUCAUACUACUUUGAUGAGGAUGGAUGAAAGUUUGAAGCUAUGUUUUUGA